AUGGCGGGUGGAAAAACGACCCCGAAAGCCAAGCGAGCCUCGAAGGCUUCGCCCAAGUCCAAACUGUCCACUGGACUGAAGAACGUGUACACUGGCAAUGCCGACGCUAAGUUGAUUCUCCUCUACAUGUGUUGCAAGAAUAAGGAAGGACCAAUCGACUUCAAAGCCGUGGGUCAAGCCUAUGGGAUCUCCCCUACUGCAGCCCAGUACCGUUUCUACCGUCUUCGCGACUUCAUGGAGAAGCAGGAACUUCCUGACAAGCAGAAGGCUCCCACCGGCAACGACGACGACUCUGUCGAGAUAGAGGACCAUGAAGAGCAAGCCGAGGAUAAAGAGACCAAGCAGGACCUCGAUAUGAAGCAGGAGGAGGAUUUCGAGACCCUUUUUGAAGGUUAA